AUGGCGCAGGCCAAAAAGGCCUGGCAUGAUGGCAUGAUGCAAGAAUAUGCCCAGGGGUUGAUUCAUGAGAUUGCCGAGCUGGAAGAAUUGGUGAAAGCCAAUGAUGCUGAUGCACAAUUCAGGCUCGGCCAGGUGUAUCGCAAAGGACGCUUCGUUGAACAGGAUUUUACCAGGGCGUUUGAGCUGAUCUUUGAUGCUGCGCAGCAAGAGCAUGUGAGAGCAGAACAUUUGCUCGGGAUGAUGCUGAUCCGCGGUGAGGGCUGCGAAAAAGAUGAAGACACUGGGUGCAACUUCGUUCUGAUGGCUGCAGAGGAUGGCUAUCCACCAGCCCAGUUUGCCAUGGGAAAGCUCUACAUGACUGGGCUCCAUCCUGCUGGAGAGGACAAGCUUUCCGGCGCCUAUUGGCUGAAGCGGGCUGCGGCGGAUCACGUCCCUGCCCAGCUGAUGUUGGGUGAGCUGUUGCUGAAGGGCGAAGGGGUGAAACGCAAUGAAACCUUGGCGGCUCAGUACUUCAUGCUGGCAGCCAGAAAAGGCUCUGUAGAGGCUCAAGAGAUUGUGGGCCAAUUGUUUCGCACCGGUACCGGGGUGCCGCAAGACCAGGCUCUGGCGCGUGGCUGGUUGCAGAAGGCUGCAGACCAAGGCAACGAGGAGGCAUGCCUUACGCUCGCUUCCAUGUAUCGCAACGGGGAGGGAUCUCCAAGGGACCCAGUGGCUGCAUUGAAGUGUUUUCAACAGGCGGCUGAAAACGGUAACCCUGAAGCUGCGAAUGAGCUCGGCGUCAUGUACCUUGCAGGGGAGGGCACAUUUCCUGACGAGUCUGCCUCGGCGUAUUGGUUCCAGCGUGCGAUGGAGUUGGAGGAAGAGCGCUUGGCAGAUCUGAAAUAUGGUGCAUCGUGA